AUGGACGUGGACCGCAUAAAUAACGGAAGCGAUGAUGGCGGUGAAAACGGAGAAGUUGCCGUCGCAGAACCCAAUUUAGAGGAGACCAAUUACAGUCGCGAUUUUCUGGCGCAGAAAGAGAAGAAUGACGGCAUACUGGAGAGCGGUAAAUUAGAGGGCGAGGAGAAGGAAGAGCAGCCAGAAUUGCCACUGCAACUGCCACAGCAGUUGCAAUUGCAAUCGAGUGCCAUAAGUGCUCUGGGGAACAAAGUGAAAGAGUUAGAAUCGGUGCUGGGAUCAAAGGACAGCGGGCUGGACAAGACCUUGGAGGACAUGGCAGGGGCUGUGAAAAAUCUGGUGCACAACCAGCAGGUUUUGGAGAGCAAGUUUGAAGAUUUGCAGAAAAAUCAGGUGAAUUCAGACACGGUGGUUAACUCACUUUUAGAAAAAAUCGAACAAGUGUCGCAGUUUUUGAACAGAGCCGCGAAAAACAACGCUCUGGUAAACGUUGGGCCUGUUCAACCGGUGCACAGGGGGCCUGGUCGUCCGCCCAAGAACAGAAAUACGCUUACAAAUGCUAUUGCGUCAUUAUCCGUCGUACCUAAAGAACUACUUCCUAAUGGCGCUGUGGGUGUCGCACGCUCCAAACGAUACUUCAACGACCCCGAGGCAGACGACACUGCCACGGAAGAGGAAGAAAUUGCGGCUGUGAAAAUUGCCAAGAAGGCUAGCACACCAGUAGACAUAAAUGGCGUACCUGUGAAGAAAAGAGGACCGGGCAGGCCUCCCAAGAAAAAGCAUCAUUGGGCUCGUAAAGCUGAUGCUGCUUCAGCCGCCUCGGCGCCGCUCUCUCCACCUAUACAGCAAACAUCUCAAGAACUGGGCCUCAUUUCAACGAAGAGUGAGGGUGAAGAAAGCAAUGAUACGCGUGCAUCUUCUAUGAAACCAGCGGGUGCAGACUCCUCGUUUUUGGAGGGUGCAACAGCUGGUAACGAGUUAUUGUCAACGCCCGGCGUCGCUGCAAGAGAUGUGGACACCAAGGUUUCCCCCUCACAAGCUACCUCGAAGCGCAUUCAAGAACUGGAGCGUCAGCGAGAUGAAAGAGAACAAAUGCUGGUAUCCAUGAAGUAUAGCGAUCGCGAAAAGGCCAAAUGGUUUAUGGAAUCCAACAAAGAAAUUCUACUCGCUAUGCGGGAGGAAGAACGUAAGAAAAGAAUGACAGCUUUGGGCAAUGAUCUUCAAUCCAACGGUCCAACUCCUGCAAGCACGUCUGCCAACACACCAUCACCAGGAACAAUAGCCACCUCGUCUCGAGGUGCAUUGAUGUCCCAAGCCUCUGAGGAAGUCCAUGAUUUACCGCUUAGCAGUAAAACAGACUUGGAAUUGAAAGAAUCUUUAGCUCUUCGUAGUCGUGAUGAUGAAGAAGGCAGAGAGUCCCUGUCAAUGAUGGAAGACAAAUCACUAGCAGAGGUGACUUCACCACCAACAGAUGCUCAGAAUGAACUGAUGAUGCGACCAGGCAGCGGAAUGAUGAUGGUCAGCUCGUUUGACAAUAUGAACACUUUGGGUGUCGUUCAGCCUCGCAAGAUCGGUAUAAUGUCCAUGUUGAAUAACGAUGAUGAGGAUUAUCUUUUGAACAAGAAAGAUCUGCCCGAUCUAUGGAAGUUCACAACAAGUGCCGAUCUUUAUCCUCCCAAGAAGGAAAAGAUCGACGAAGAUUACCGAAGGGAGUUUAGGUCUAUGCUUCCUAUGCUCCCGGAGAAAAAGGACAAUCGCGGUAGACCCGCGAACAGCAGCAGCAGCGGUGACAAUUCUACAGCUCUGUUGUUGGCUUCCCCGGUCGAGCUCUUAUGCCGUGACGGUCUUUUUUACAAGCGUUCAGAUCCAAAAGUUCCAAUAUCGACAGGGGCUUACUUAGAAUUUAAGUUCAAGUCCAAGGAGGACGAGUUGAUACGGCUGACAAUGAACGAGGAAGAUUAUGCGGAGCUGACGAGACAGGAUCGAAUGAAUGCUUAUUUCCUAAAGCCGGACGUUGAAGUCGAGACCGAAUUUGCAAGCAAGGUUUUGAGUAAGAUAAUUUUAACUGAAAAAUACGUGAACAGCUUGGAAUAUUUCCUCAUGGAAUUUAGGUGGGAAAACAAACUUGUAGGGCUGGGCUUGAAGUUACGAGAGUCUAAAAGAACAUGGCAGAGAAGAAAAGCACUUUUCGCGCUGUUUGAGUUCUGGAGAGACAAAUCUCGGGAAAACAGGGGUUUCCCCAAUUUCACAAUCCUGCACGCUGUAAAAGAGAUGGAAAACUACCGCAUAUUUAUCAACAGAUCCGUCUCGUGGUUUUACAAUCACAUCACUUUACUUAAAAUGAUUUUAUUUGACUUGUGCGAGAAUACGGAUACUCAAUGGCGCAUGUGGAUGUUUCCUAAGGGUAAAUCCUUACCUACUUUAGGCGAUUCAGUGACAGAAGAAAACAUUAACGAAAUUAUUGAUAAGGUCUUGACGUUCGAAUAUGUUGAGGAACGCGUCGAAGAUCACGAACUCAAGCCAUCAUCGCCGGUUGAGAAUUUGAAUAUGUAA